AUGGCCGUAAUCGAAUUCCUUGAACGUCGCAUAUACCACGAGGACCCUCCCGAUUACCAGUCGCGAAUCGAGACGAACCCGACUCUGAUCGUGUCUUGGUGGUGCACGUUGUUUUCCCUCACAGCCAUCUUGAUCCGCGUUCUCGGCCGAUGGGUGCGCACCGAAAGACUGUUUCGGGAGGACUGGAUCAUGUUCUACAGCAUAAUUCCUCUUAUGAUUCGCAUGGGACUGGUCCAUGUCGUGUUAAUCUGGGGAACUAAUAACACAAAAACAGAAGGACUGACAUCUUUGCAAAUACAUCACCGCGAGAUUGGAAGCAGAUUGGUCCUGGCGGCUCGUAUAUUCUACGCGGCAUAUAUCUGGAUUGCUAAACUCACCGUGCUCGAGUUCCUCAAGCGCCUCAUCGGACGGUCGUGGGCCAAGUCGUACGAAGUCGGACUCCGAUUCAUUUAUGGCUUCCUGGUCAUUACCUUCAUUGCCGUGGUGAUCGGCACGCUGACCGAAUGUCAACCUUUUUCGCACUAUUGGCAGGUCGUCCCAGAUCCGGGCUCCCAUUGUCGAGAGGGCCUGGUACAACUGAUCGUCAUGGGGGUGUGUGAUAUUGUCUCUGAUGUCGUCCUGAUCGUGUUUCCCAUUCCCUUGGUCUGGCAAUCUUCGAUGCGCCUCCGCAAAAAGAUUUCGCUCGUCCUCCUCUUCCUUCUGUCCACCAUCCUCAUCGCCAUCACCGCCUACCGAGUCCCUUCAACCAUCUCACGACGCUCGUCACAGCAGUACCGAUCGCUAUUGGCGUCGCUGGAAAUCCUAGCCGCCGCAGGAGUAUCAAAUGCCAUCGUUAUUGGCAGCUUUAUCCGUGACAGAGGUGUGAAGAAGGCUAAAUUUCGAGCGGCAUCUAUUGAUGACACAAGUUCACUUGGCCGACAACCUACGAGAACUCGGACUGUAUCUACCACUCACCACCACUGGGGCUCUGAUGAAGAUCUCGCCAGGGGUGUCGGCGUCGCAUUACCUGCAAUUCUGCGGCACGGUACUUACAUGGAACAGACGCCCCGUUUGGCUGAAGUCGCCGCUGUGGCUCUCCCACCAAAGUCGGCCGACGUCAAGAUCGAGACGGGCGAUCAAGAUCGAGAUACUCCAUUCGCGUCGAGAUGGAACUUUGCAGAGGCAUCUCGUACUCGCAAAAAGCCUUCUCUCGAUACCCUCAGCAGCACCUCGACAGCCGAUAUCAGAUUACGCGAUUUGAAAGUCCGACUCGAGCGACCACCAGAGGCACAAGGUGGUGACGAGUAUACAGAAACCGACACGCCUAGCAGAAUGGGAUUCUUCGACGUCGGCGGCCUCGUCGAUCACCCACCCAGUGAAUCACCGAUCUCUCGCUCUCGCCAGGCAUCGGUCCAAGAAGUCUCCCGUCGCUUAUCUCAACCUCAUCAGCAUGGAGUCCGGUCGGGCUCGAAAGCCUUCCUUUCCGAUAUCGGUGGUCUGUUAGCCCGACCGUUACGGAUACGCGAAGAGGACGACCUCCGUUCCGCGUCGACAGCAUCACCAAGACGGAUGAACAGUCCCGCUCGUUCCCCGAUGAGGUUUGAGAAAAGAAAGUCCUCCCAUCGGAAUCGGUUACCUUCACAGCAGGAGGACGAGGAACCUAUCCGACCAGCAAGGCCCAGCGGGCCUGACGACUUGAGUAUCUCGGAUGCUGGUGGGCUGCUACGAUGA